AAAGCGAAUAUCUGAGCAAAGAAAUAGCCGCCAUGCUGGUGUACUACAUUGGUGACAUUCUUCCAAGCAGCAAUUUGCUCUUCAUUGUAGAUUCCGGGGGCAUGAUCCAAGCCGUGGGCUUCUUCUGCAAUAACGCAAGCCUCACCAAUCAAUAAGCCAUUUUUAGUUGUACGCUGCUUAUAGUAUUCUGUAACGUAAUCUCUCAGAAUGCCGUUUUUACCUUGUGUUCUCAUUCUCGUAAGAGGUGCGUGAAUUAUCCGAUGUUCGACAUUUAAGUCGCCAAUUCUAAUCUCUUUGAAUAAGUCCUUAUGAAUUGUCAUUAUUUUAACUUUCGGCUGUCUAGAGGCAGUCGCUCAGGUAAGAUGAUUGUACGAGCAUUCGUUGAAGUUGAUUUUUUAUUUCAUCUUUCAAAGUCUUUUUUAACAAACAUCCUCGUUGGCUUUUAUAUUUUAGUUACGCCAUCAAACCAGCAAUCAUGCCCAAAAAUGAGAAUACGCUCAAGCGGGGACAGGCUUGUUUGCACUGUAGAAAGCGUAAAGCUCGAUGUGACGGUGCCAAACCAGCAUGUAUUUCCUGUGUCAAAGGUAAUCAUCAAUGUGUAUACGUAGAUACUUCGGCGUUGUCUACCUCUCGUCGCCGAGAUAAAAUAUCUGAUUUAGAAGAGCGCAUACGUGAUUUGGAAAAUAAGUUAGCUACACAGCAUUUAUCAACGAGUACAUCAUUUGAAGAUACCACAAACGCACCGUAUUUUGAAUUUUCAUCACCAGAACCCUUAUUAGCGACAUCAAACUGGCCAUAUCCACCUAUUGAUAUCACUUUACACCUCAUUCAGGUAUUCUUCACCUGCUGUCCAGUGGAAUCAAGUCAUUUACACAAGCCAACACUCUUACAGACAGUUUUACUUCCAAUGACACACCCAGAAGCACCUCACCCUGCGUUAAUGUAUGCAAUCUUUGCUAGUGCGAGUAGACAUUCUUUGCGGACCACAAAUUCAAAGCCGCGUGCAGCGAAUGGGUGGACAGAACGUGCAUGUAAUAGUACUGGUAAUACGUUUUUGGACAUGUCAUUGUCGACAGCUGCCAAUUAUCUCGAAGUUGAAACAAAGUCACAUACCAGUUUGAGAGAUAAGCUAAAACUGAUAAGUGCAAUAAUUAUUUUAACUCAUCUAAUGCAUCGUGAGAAUAAAUGGACCGAUUUACAUCAAUUCAAUACUCUUGGUACCAGGGCUAUGGUGUCAUUUAAGCUUCAUUUAGAUGAGAAAUUGGAAAAUCCGAAAUCAAGGUUGAUAGCAUCAUCUCAGAGCGACCUUGAACGUGAACAGCGCAAAAGAUGCCUCUUUUUGGGCUUUUUAUUUGAUACAAUAUAUGCAAGUACUACAAGUAUGUUUCCCUCAAACUUAAAUUCUCGUAAUAUCUAUAUCAGAUUGCCUGUUUCUACUCAAAUGUUCAACCAAGCCUCCCAUGAUAGUAUCAUACCUGAAUUGGAGCCAUUUACGUAUUCGUCUGACUUUCUUUCCAAUCACAGUAGCGAUGACAACUUUCAUUGCCUUAUAAAGGCAGCAAUUUUGCUCGAUAAAGUAAACGAGUUCUUGCAUGGAUCUAUUGGUGAACUUGUCGAAUCAUCGUUAUCCUCAUCAAAUCAAUUACCCUCAUUCAACAAACUCGACAAAGUUAUAAGCGAACACAAGGCACAGUUACCUGAUUAUUGGGAUAGAAACAAAAAUCUUGACAUUUUGAUGUACUUUGCGCAUAUGAUUGUACAUGAUGGGACAAUGAAACUUCAUAAUGGUUACUUUAGAGAACCAACCUCAAGAAAACGACUCAUGGGGACUGUUAGGGCUAUAAUUAGCCCAUUAUACAUUUUAUUGAACCUCUCAUUCGAUUUUACACGGUUACCCACAUUUGUUAUUAGUAUUUACAUCGACGCUUUCGACAUACUUAUCAUAGCGCACAAGAAUUCAGAUGAAUCAGCCCAAGCAAAAAUAGUUAAAGAAUUGGGAACUAUUAUGGAAGUCAUCGAAAGGAUCUCUGAAAAAAUUCCCCAUGGUGUCGAAGCUCUAAAAAAUCUAAAUCAAUCUUUAAAAAAGAAUGGCAUUCCUUUAGGUACACAUCCAGAGCAGGUUGAUGAAUCUUCACUUACUGUUUUUAACACGAUUAUGCAACAAGUUAACAAUUAUGACGUUACCCCGCAGUUUGGGGAAGGUGUUUUAGAUAUAACGGCAACGUCACCACUUGAGAUUCCACCUGGAAUGUCAUUCCCCACUAACGAUGAAUUCAAAUGGAUGAAUACCGAUGAUAAUUUCAAUGAUGCUUUUCUUGAUACUGCUUUUAUAGACGGAAAUGUUUAAAGUAUAAUAAUAUUUCUAAUUUGUUGUAUUAUUAUCCUGUACUGAUUAAAAU